AGCAGUCAUGUCAGCACCAGUUUACAAUCCUGGGGAACCCUACCUAAUGCCCAUCGCUGGAGGGUUCACGCCUGGACGGAUUGCUCAUGUCACGGGUACAUUUAAGCCCAGUGCAACAAGACACCAUAGAAAAUGAUGAAUACUAAACUGCUUGAACACACUGACACCUAAAAAAAAAAAAAGUAACAAAUUGAUGGCCCCAUCAACUAGCAGUCAGCUUAUGAAGCAGCAGCUCAUGUCGAGUAUUACCACAACUCUCUGGAAUACUCGGGACUUAUGGACCGAAUUGGCUCUUCCAGAUUUUGUCUGUUACUUCUGAUGUCCAUUAAAUGGAGUUUAAUAGUGAAGUUCCAAUCUGGGCCCAGUGGUGAUCCAGCCGACGAGAUUGGUCUCUGUAUAUAUGGCCGUUUGCUUGAGGGUAUAAUUGGAAGAAAUGCCUUUACACGAGCAGCUGGUUGGGGUGUGGAAGAAGCUUCAGGCUCGGCUGCGUUCGCACAGGGACAGAACUUCGAAAUGACCAUCCUCUGUGAUCCAAUGUGUUUCAAGAUUGCCUUGAAUCAGCAACAUUUUGCCGAAUUCAGCCAUCGCACCAACCCGGCUACAAUGAAUUACAUCAAUGUUGCCUCCUCAAGCCAAGAUAUCACUCUUGCCUGUGUCUGGAUUGAGGACUCGGCUCCUCCACCUCCUGUGCAGCCUCCCUAUGGUGCUCCUGGUGCUGGUGGUCCUUUUCCCCCACAGCCUAACUAUGGGCCUCCUCCACCUUACUCAGGAGGUCCUGGCUAUGCUCCUCCAAUGUAUCCUAAUCAGCCCUAUCAGCAGCAGGCAGCACCUCCUGGUCAAUAUGGGUCACCCCAGCACCAUGGGUCAGGAAGUGGUGGUGCCAAAGGAUUAUUGGGUAUGGCAGCAGGUGCAGGGACAGCCCUUGCAGGGGCCCUUGGAGCAUCACAUUUAAUUGGGAAAUCCAAGGGUGGAUACCCAGGUGGUGGAUACCCAGGUGGUGGAUACCCAGGUGGAGGAUACGCAGGUGGAGGAUACCCUGGCCAUGGGGGCUCCCAUGGGGGAGGAAUUCUGAACAAGGCCUUGGGUGUUGGAGGAGCUCUUGCAGGAGCCAAAAUGCUCUCAAAGCCAAGUAAAGCCAUGAAAUAUGGAGUGCCACUGGCCGGCUUGGGAGCCCUUGCUGGAGGAGGGUACAUGAUGCACAAAGGCUUCCAUCAUGGGUCUUCCUCCUCUUCAGGCUCCAGUGAAGAAGAGUAAACUGUUGAUUUGCUUAGUGGUGGGUUAUGGUGUCUGUGACUGAAUAUUUGGCCAGUUUUGCUUUAGAAAACCUUUUAUUCUUUUAUGUCAUAUAUAAUUCUAGUAUAGCAUAUUAAUGAUAUCUGUUGUAAAGUAAAUUUUGAACCUCACAAGUCAGGCAGUCACUGGCCCAGCACUUUUUGAUUUUAAUCUGGCAGUCAUUAGUUUGCAUGACCAUCACUUAGCCAGUUCUGGCACUACCACCACCCCAUAUUUUUAACAUCUAUUACAGCUUCCUUAUAGUGACUGAAGCUAUUAUAUUGCCUUGGAUUACCAAUAUUUUACCUCAGUUAUCAGUAAUAUGCUUCAGUGUUUGUAUUUUGUCUUUUAUAUCCUAAUCCUCACUGGGUUCCAAACUUCCCAGACAGGUGAGGUUCAACCUGUAAUAGGGAAUUGGUAAUGUUUAGUACACAUUACACAUUUUGAGUUAUAUUUUGUUGGAAUGCUUCAUAGAUACAUACAUAUAUACACACAUAGAUAUCUAUAUUUUUAAAAUUAGAUAAAUAACCCAUUAAUUAUUUGAAAAUCUCAUAUGAAUAAUUUUAUUGUAUACUGCCCCUACCAUUUUGUUCCAUAGGGACAACUUGGAAACCUUCAAGUUAUUUAGGAAUGUUAACACAGUAUUAAGUGCAUAGCUAAGAAACUGUAUUAUGAAAUAACAUUGGUUACCUAUUGUUGUAUAAUUCAAAAUAUAAAGGUAUAGAUAUUCUUUAUUGCAUAUAACAUUUAACCCAUUGGUGCCAGGUACAUGCACUGUCUGUACACUCCAGAUUUCUUUUGUGAAUGCUGUUUACAUAUGGAUGGCUCCAUCACCAUGCCAGAUUGCCCCAUUCCAAGAAUUUUUGCUAUUUUUCUUUUCCAAUGAUAUUUUUAUUAUUAUUAUUGUCAUUGAUACUACAUUAACCAAUACUAGUGGCAGUAAAAAUAAAACAGUAAAAGGAAAAGGGUAAGCAGGCAAGAUUAGGUAGGCCUAGUAAUUGCCUCUGUGGUGACUAAGCACCAUAUCUGAUUACUUGAAUUAGCUUUGCUUUGCUUUUUACUAAAACUAUGAAUGGAUGGCAUGUACGUACAUGCCAUCCCCAUUGGUUUUGGGUUAAUUAAGAUGUAUUAAAAGUAUUUGUAAAUUCUGCAUUCUGACACAAUUAGAAUAUUACUUCCCUUACUGCAGUAGACAGUUAGUCUGUCCAUCUCUUGCUUUUUCUGCAUUUUUUGUUCACUCUUUCUUCAUUACACAAGUACAGGCAAAGCAUCUGUGUCUCCAUGACAGCAUGCAACUGAUCCUUUUUCACAGGUACUAUGAUGUCAGCGGGGUCAUUAUAUGACACUCAUACAAAAUAUGUAUGUAUAUAUGUACAUUGAUGUAUGUGUAUGUACAAGCACACGCGCAUACAUGUGAGACUCACACAUGCACACACACACACACACACGCACACGCACACAUACGCACACACACAUACGCACAUGCACACUCCUGCACACAUACACGUACACAACACACAAAUGCAAUUUCAUGAUACAGUUUUCUUUGCUUAAUAUUAACUGCUUUGCUAUGCAGUUAUCUCACAGUUUACGUGUUUCCAACACCUCAAAAUAUAAGAUACAAUAAAUGCACAAAGUUGAAUUGUUUGCAUAAGUUUUUAAAGUUUCUGAGAAAGUUUCAUUUUCUUAUCCCAAACUUUCAGUUCUUACAGUAGUUCUUAAUAAUCCCCUUAAUACAAAAUUUGUUCCUUAUCUUUGUUAAAUCUGUUGAAUGACUAGAGUAGGAUAUGAUAUUAAUAAUUACCAUAAUAAUGUGUUACAUACUAGUACUUGACAAAUGUUUUUGUUCAUGUAUAUAUCAAACAGCUGUAGGGGCAAAUAUUUUGUAUUGUUGCUGGUAUCUUAAUGUAAUAGGUGCUGCCUUAUAUAUAAUCACAAUAACAUUAUAUAGAAUUAGCAUUUAUUAAGUAGAGUUAAUUAUGCAGCUCAAGCAACUGUUUCUAUAGAACUUGUAUUGUCUUCUUAAUUUUAGUUAAUCAGUGUGUGAUGAAACCAUACAAAAUCUGUCAGAAGCUAGAUUCUUAAUGCAUAAUAAUCAAAACAUACUUACCUAGAUAUAUGCAGGUGAGCUGUACUCUAAAUGCCCACAGAUAGGCAGUCACUACAUCUCACAGAUAACUAUCUUUUUUUUCUGCCUUUCUUCUCUUCAUCUCCUGGCUUUCACAUUGAUAUAUUUGUAUGUAAUCAAAAAGCUGUACCAUUUGUAUCCACAAAUAGUAUGGCAUAUUGCUUAUUCUCAGGAGAUAUUAUAAGUGGCUUUAUCUAGAAUAUACUCGUACAUACUUUAUAUAAAAGUGCAAUAUCAUAAGUGUGCACUGUUGAUAGACUUCUUGGUUCUUACCAAAGGUCCUUUCUUCAAUGAGCUAGUCAGUGUUUUCUACUGAUAAUAUUGUGCCUUCUUGCUUAUAUAAUUAGAAAAAGGCAAAAAGUAUGUUAAACGCUGGUGUUUGUUGAGGGAAGUUUAAAGGAUUUGUAUUCAGUUUCUCAGAUAUUGUCAUAUGCCCCACUCAUGAUCUUUUGAGUAAGCAAAGAUAAUUUCCCCUUAAAUAGUAUCUAGAUCCAUUAAAUACUUUGAAUUUAUGUUUAGAAUACAGAAUAUAUCCAUGAAAUUUAUUCCGUCCCCAAGAGAAGUGGUUCCCUCACUGUGUAGAGAUAAGGAUAUUAUGAAUCUCGUAUAAACCGUGUUAUGCAUUCUUCUUACAGAAAAUAUGUAUAGUUUGAAGUGCAGUGAAAGCAUACUCAAUUGGAUAAAGGAUAAAAUCUGUAAUAAAGAUAUUUAUUACUCAUAGUGUCUACUUAAUAUUAAAUGUUUUAGUUAUUUUUUCUGUUAUUUUUUAUGUUUUCAUUAUGUUAUUUGUGGCAAAAGAUAGUAGAUAUUUGAUACAUGAUUUCAAAUCCUUAAUGUUAGUAGACUUUAUAUUGUAUUAACAGAAAAUUUAUAUCUAUAUUCAAGCUUAUAUCACAUAAAAGUUUUAUCAAGCAGGAUAUCUAAAAAAAUAUAUAUCUGCUGUUAAGUAGUUUUGUUUAGAUAAUAUGCAUUUACACUGUCAAUUCAUAAUGUAGAAAUUUGUACAACUGAUGAUACACUGUUUGAAGCAUAUAAUUGUUUUGUAUUAUUUGUAUAAUAAACACCUCUGUUAACCCAUGCUGAUACAGUGAUUGUUUCAGAAUUCUUAAAAUCAAAAUGUAAUAAAACAUUAAUUAUUGUUAUGGAAUGCAGUCUGAAUUAUUGGUUGUCAAUUUUAUAUGCUAAACCCCAAACCAUUUGAGCCAUUGAUAUAUAGCCCAUGAGCACUGGCAAAUUAAGAAAAAUGUUUUAUAAUUUUUAUAGUAUCUACAAUUUUCAAAGCAAAAGAAAAUAAGUGGUAUGUAAAUCCACAAAAUGUAAUGUAUGGCAAAAUAUGUUCUAAUUAAUGUCUAACUUCCAACCAAAUUACAUGGUCCAGCAGCUACUAUUAUAUCUUUAUGAUUUUACAGAGGUAUGUCAUUUUGUUCCCGAAACAGUAUUUUGACUCGAUUUGUUUGUUAAUUAUGUGUGAAGAUUAUCUUUUUCACCUCACCAUCUUUAUAUUUUUUGUUACUAACUAAAUUCUUGAUAUGGAAUAUAUUCUAUGACUGAUAAAAGCUGUUCAUAAUU